UACAUUCUAGAAUGAGAACCCUAGAAAGGAGGAGACCAUUUCUUAUUUGCCUUCCGCUCUAGGACUUGCCAAGAAGAGUUAAAUUGGGCAAGCCUCUUGUUGUAGGAGGCCUUGGAGGCUGUUUGGUAUUCUUUUCACAUUUUGUCCCCAACUCUUCCCCCCUCUUAUCCAGCCCUUACCUAUUCUAGGUCUGUUGUGGUACCGAUAACUUUACUGGGAGAGUAGACUUAGUCAGUCAUCAGAAGAAGGUUGCCUUCUAGACAGUGAAGAUACUCAAAUGAUAAAGCAUCUUUUACGUAUUUUGCACACUUCACAUGGAGACGGGAGGCAAGAAGUCACCUCCCGAACCGGGCGCUCUGGAGCUCGGUGUAGAAACUCAAUAGCUUCCUGUGCAGAUGAACAGCCUCACAUCGGAAACUACAGACUGUUGAAGACAAUCGGCAAGGGGAACUUUGCAAAAGUGAAAUUGGCGAGACACAUCCUCACAGGCAGAGAGGUUGCAAUAAAAAUAAUUGACAAAACUCAGUUGAAUCCAACAAGUCUACAAAAGCUCUUCAGAGAAGUAAGAAUAAUGAAGAUUUUAAAUCAUCCAAACAUAGUGAAGUUGUUUGAGGUCAUUGAAACAGAAAAAACACUCUACUUAAUCAUGGAAUAUGCAAGUGGAGGUGAAGUAUUUGACUAUUUGGUUGCACAUGGAAGAAUGAAGGAAAAAGAAGCAAGAGCUAAAUUUAGACAGAUUGUUUCUGCAGUACAGUAUUGCCACCAAAAGCGAAUUGUUCACAGAGACCUCAAGGCUGAGAAUCUUUUAUUAGAUGCGGAUAUGAACAUUAAAAUAGCAGAUUUUGGUUUUAGCAAUGAAUUCACUGUCGGCAGUAAACUAGAUACAUUUUGUGGCAGUCCUCCGUAUGCAGCCCCUGAGCUCUUCCAGGGCAAGAAGUAUGAUGGGCCAGAAGUGGACGUGUGGAGUCUCGGCGUCAUUCUGUACACCUUAGUCAGUGGGUCACUUCCCUUCGACGGUCAGAACCUGAAGGAACUGAGAGAGAGAGUACUAAGAGGGAAAUACAGAAUCCCUUUCUACAUGUCUACUGACUGUGAAAACCUUCUCAAACGCUUCCUGGUGCUGAACCCAGUUAAACGUGGCACUCUCGAGCAAAUCAUGAAGGACAGGUGGAUCAAUUCAGGUCAUGAGGAAGAUGAGCUCAAGCCAUUUGUUGAACCAGAGCUAGACAUCUCAGACCAGAAGAGAAUAGAUAUUAUGGUGGGAAUGGGAUAUUCCCAAGAAGAAAUUCAAGAAUCUCUUAGUAAAAUGAAAUAUGAUGAAAUCACAGCUACAUACUUGUUAUUGGGGAGAAAGUCUUCAGAGCUGGACGCUAGUGACUCCAGUUCUAGCAGCAACCUUUCACUUGCUAAGGUGCGGCCCAGCAGUGACCUCAGCAACAGCACUGGCCAGUCUCCUCAUCACAAAGUGCAGAGAAGUGUUUCUUCAAGUCAGAAGCAGAGACGGUACAGUGACCAUGCUGGACCAGCUAUUCCUUCAGUUGUGGCAUAUCCAAAGAGGAGUCAGACCAGCACUGCGGAUAGUGACCUCAAAGAAGAUGGCAUUCCCUCCCGGAAGUCCAGCGGCGCUGCUGCAGGCGGAAAGGGGAUCGCCCCUGCCAGUCCCAUGCUUGGGAAUGCAAGCAAUCCCAAUAAAGCGGAUAUUCCUGAGCGCAAGAAAAGCCCUGCUGUCCCCAGUAGUAAUGCAGCAUCUGGUGGAAUGACACGACGGAACACCUACGUGUGCAGUGAGAGAUCUGCCACGGACAGACACUCAGUCAUUCAGAACGGCAAAGAAAACAGCACUAUUCCAGAUCAGAGAACUCCAGUUGCUUCUACCCACAGUAUUAGCAGUGCGACCACCCCAGAUCGGAUUCGCUUCCCAAGAGGCACGGCCAGCCGUAGCACUUUCCACGGCCAACCUCGGGAGCGGAGAACCGCAACGUAUAAUGGCCCGCCUGCCUCACCCAGCUUGUCCCACGAAGCCACACCACUGUCCCAGACUCGAAGCCGAGGUUCCACUAAUCUUUUUAGUAAAUUAACUUCAAAACUCACAAGGAGAAACAUGUCAUUCAGGUUUAUCAAAAGACUUCCAACUGAAUAUGAGAGGAACGGGAGAUAUGAGGGCUCAAGUCGCAAUGUAUCUUCGGAACAAAAGGAUGAAAACAAAGAGGCAAAACCUCGUUCACUGCGCUUCACCUGGAGCAUGAAAACCACUAGUUCCAUGGACCCCAGUGAUAUGAUGCGGGAGAUCCGCAAAGUGCUGGACGCCAAUAACUGCGACUAUGAGCAGAGGGAGCGCUUCCUGCUCUUCUGUGUCCAUGGCGACGGGCACGCGGAGAACCUGGUGCAGUGGGAAAUGGAAGUCUGUAAGCUGCCAAGACUGUCUCUGAAUGGGGUCCGGUUUAAACGGAUAUCAGGGACAUCCAUAGCUUUCAAAAAUAUUGCUUCCAAAAUUGCCAAUGAGCUAAAGCUGUAACCCAGUAAUUAUGGUGUAAAUUAAGUAGCAAUUUAAGGUGUUUUCCAGAACACUGAUGGAAAUGUAUAGAGUAAUAUUUAGGCAAUAACGUCUGCAUCUUCUAAAUCAUGACAUUAAAGUCUGAGGACGAGAGCACGUCUGGGAGCGAAGGCUGGCCUUUUCUACGAAUGCACUACAUUAAAGUCUGUGACCCCGUG